GCUCAGGAUCCAGGCCUAGCAGUGGUGCUGCCGGCGGGACUCUCCUCAUCCGCCUUCACAAAAUCGGAAAUUUGCGCAUUUAGUCGCCAAAAUGCGCAGAUCCCGGCUCGGCUCUGCGCCGGGACACAGCGGAGUGGGAGGUACCAUGCCAGCUUGAGUGGGUCAUACUGUGUCUCUGAAAGGAAAACUCUUCAGUCCAGCUACACUCUGACCCCCGCCCGUGACCUGCCUGACCCUCCAGACGGCACCACCAAACGAUCGGCCUUAACAUGUCUGCCACCACCUCCUCCCUCAAGCAUUCGUCUGUCUACAGGUUCACCCAAACCGACCACUCGUCUUCCUCUUCGUCUUACAGCCCUCUCAGGAGGCUGCAGCAUCUCACCACCAUGGUGAGCCAGCCGAACCUUGUCCUCCCAGUGAGGGAUCCAGAAAGGAGCUGGGAGUGGGGGGCGCAGGGGAAGGGGAAGGGUAAAAUGGAGAGGGACUCCUGGGUUGAUUACAAGGAUUAUUCUGUCUCCCAGAUUACAAAUGGAGAGGAGAACUUUGCUCAUUCUCCUUUUGGACAGAAGCAACCCGAGGUCCAAAAUGGAGGUAGAAACACCCCUCCUGCGAGUUGUACCAGUUCUGUUAUUUCAGAGAAAAAAGCAGAAGGUUGUUUCUCAGGCCCACCUAGCCCAGCUUUCUCUCUUGAUAGCAACAGCCCCUUUGCAAAUGGCUUACUCCACUUUGAAUCCACUUUGUUUGAGGGAGAGGACAACGAUGAAGAACGAGAAACCAUAUCACCCAUUGGAGGUAUUCUGGACCAUCAGGAUAAAACUGAGCCUCAGUCUCCUCCCAGAAAUAUAAAUAUGGCCUCAAAGGACACCGUGCUCCCAUCAGCUAAGGUGGUGACGCGCUCCCAGUCUUCAGGUCAACGCAGGAGAUACUGGGACGGCUCGGAAGACGAGUGGGACAGUGACACUGAGCUGUUCCUGUUUGAAGACAGUCCAUUUCUGCAUUCAGUGGGUAUUUCCAGCAAUCAUUGGGCAAACGGUGCGGUACACCCUGAACAGGCCACCAGUUCAUCACAGAGUCACAAAGAGGCAAACAAGACAGACAAUCUAAUGCAGAACAGUCCGAAGAGAAAACCUUUGCCGCCUGUGAAAUUCGUCGAAGGUGAAGUUGUUUGGGCAAAGUUCAACCGUAGACCAUGGUGGCCCUGUGAAGUGAUUGUUGACUCUUCACAGGGCGUCUAUCACAGAGUGAAAGAGCCCAGUGAUCGGCUCUGUCGGCUCUACUACGUCCGGACCUUUGGGGAGCCUAAGGAGCUUUUCUGGGUGGAGGAAAAAUCAACCCACACUUUCCAUGGAGGCUUUGAAUUUGAACAACUCCACCUAUUGCGCCGCAGAGGGAAGCAAAGGGAACAGAACAAGAAAUACACUAUAGCCAAGCGUUUUCAGGAUUCUUGGAAAUCCAGCGUGGCGGAGGCCGAGUCUGUUCUGCCUGGGAGACCUAAAAUGGCGCCCUCCAUGUGUUCAUCCACAAAUACUGCUUUCACUUGUAGCUCACCCCAAGAAAGAGAGACUAGGACCCAUCCAACCUUUCCUCCUCUCAGUUCAUCAGUCUCCACCCUCCCUGAGACAUUGCACAUAACCAACGGAUUCACUUUAUCCCCAAAUACAACUCCAACAAAACCAAGCACUUUAAAAAAAUCUUCUGGAAAGAAGAAGCAAAGCAAAUCCCUAAAAGGCACCAACAGUAAACACUCUAAAAAGACACUGCAGUGUAGCCCUGACCAGUCAGGCCGAGACAGUGGAGAGUGCCCGUACUCGGACCUCGAUUCAGUCCCUAAGAUUUUAUGCCCUAAAGCGCUCGAACGCCAGCCUAAGCUAGUUCCAUCUCAGCCGUCUGUCGCAGUUGUUAAAGAACUGAAAAAGCAGCCUGAGAUUCAGAGUGGUCUUUGGUUCAGCAAAUCAGGCAAAGAGCGUCGACCUAAAACCACCAAUCCAGUGCCGGAUCGCUCUCUCUUCAGUAAGGUGCCCUGUAAGAAAAAGACUGUAUCCACUUCGAGUAAAAAGACGCUUGUUUCUCCUGCAUCCUCAUUUGGUGGAGCAUUCAGUGACCAGGCAACAUUACCAGAAAAGCAAAAAACAACCGAUAACCAUCUGUUGCUUGAACAGUCGGAACCUAUAAAGCAAAAAAACACUAAAAGCAGUACAAAGCCUGUGGACACUGUUGGUAGUUCUGUUGACCAGUCAGGAUAUUUGGACAACCAGAUGGCCUUGUUGUCUGUAGAGAGUCCAAAGGUCACGCAGACGAACAAUAAUUCAGCUGACAAUGUUGUUAACCCUUCAUCUGGUCUGUUAAGUAUCUCAGAUGUUAAAAUGGACUCGGUGCCCUCAAAGAAAGUUCAAUUCCAUGACCAAUCCAGUGUUUUAAAGAGUGGAAACAGUGUCAGUCGAACCAAAAGUUCUGCCACUAUGGCUACUAAACAGGUUAGUAAAACAGACAAGACCUCUGACCAAGAAAAAGAACUCGACAAGACUUCAGCGUCUUGUUUAAAAGCUGAAACUAAUGACUCGGAGUCUAGACUAGAAAAUCAUACAAGUCUUGUUUCUAGGUGUAGGCUUCCCUUUGUGAAAUUGAUACGUAAAGAGAUAAAAGACAAUUACCUAAACUCUGGUGUCAGAGUUCGUCUCACUGACCAAAUCAAACGCACAAAGAAAGAGAAAACAUCAGAAGCUAAUGGGAUUGAAGCCUUCCCGUGUCAAUCAGCCCGAAACGACAGCAAGUCAAGUUCAUGUAUGGAGCAAACCGUACAUGCAGGACCCAUGAAGGUCGCAGUCAAGAAGUUAAAAGCCAGCAAUGGGUCUGAUGUGCUUCGUCUCUCAGAUUCAUUACAUGAUGAUACCAUGGUUGCGUCUGACAAGUCUGCUGAUGACUUGGCUGGCCCAGUUGCAGAGAGGAUAUCGGUUUUGAUUGCAAGUCCAAAAAUUGUGAUUCAGUCAUUGUUCAGUCAGUCCGAGGGGAACAAGACUCCUUUGUUGGAUCAAACAAACAAAUCUGAUCAGUCAGACAGUUUAGACCAAAGCAUUGCACUUGUUACAGCUUCUAGUACAACUCCUCAACCUUCUAAGCAUAUUGAAGACCCUGUAUGUCAAAAUUCUGUAGUUCCCGAAGGUCCUUCUGAAGAACCCACGAAAGUUGUUCAUGAUUCAAAGCAGGUUUCUGAAGUAAAUCAAGCCCUGAACAAGCAGCCUGCACACCUCCCUGCCAGCAAUGGGCUGAUGACCAGAGCACUUAAGGCCAUGCAUGAGGUGGACCAGAAGAAGCGUGAAAAAAUCCUACAGGAAGUUGAACAAAAACAGCUCCCAAAUUCUUCAAGAAAAGUGGAGGAUCUAGAGUGGAAAUCUGAUGUGGGACUAGACGUUUGCACUAAUUUAAAAAUUUUUAAAUCUCAGCAUGUUGUCAACGUUGAACAUGAUCAAGACGCAGUUUCAUUCUGUAGCUCCCCAUCUUUAACGUUUUCCGAUUCAAAUGACUUUGAAGCAAAUGUUAAAAGUGAAGACGAAGACCACUCGGUAUCCUCAACUCCAACGAUGGACUUCAUACCUCUGACUUCUAAAGAAAAGGCAAAGCAUGAAGGUCAGUCUUCCAGCAUACAGUCUUCAUCGUCACCUCCCUCACCAUUUUCAUUUAUGAAAGACUUUAAAAAUGUAGAGGAGGUUUCCUUCCAGUCCCUGACGAACGACAGUGAUGGUAAACCCAUCUCUUUCAAGACAGACAAGAAGUACAAGUUCAGCACUUUUCUUAUGAUGUUAAAGGACUUGCAUGAUACAAGAGAGCGAGAAGGGGCACCACUCGAGUUAGACAUUGGGCCACCAAGUGCACAUGUUAAGGAGGAGCCUUUGGUGCUGCCACAAGAAGCUCCGUCAACAGGACAAGGUCAAAACCUGGAAUUUGUUCUCAGCAACAUAGAUUUGAGUCCAAACAAAAGUGUAGUCCCACAAAAUGAAUUUAGUGCUUAUCAGAAACCCAAGAGGUCCUAUAAUAAAAAGGGCUCCCAUUGGUUGAAAAGGAAAAACAAUCGAAGAACACCUCAUUCCAUCAGGUCUGGACCUGGUUUUCCAGGACUGGAGUCCUCAUUCCAAAAGAAGUACUUGUCAGCAAUGAAAACCUCGUUGAAGGUGGACUUUUCAUCAAGGAUUCUGGGUAUACCAGGCAGCAGCUGGCAGAGCCAGACUGAAGGUGGUGAAGAAGAGGUUUUGCGAGAGGAGGAGAGGUGGACCAGUUUUAAAGGGAAUCACCAGAUCCUGGUGCCUUUGGUGCAGGAGAGUGACACUACUCUGCUUCUGGAACAGGAAAACGACCUGGUUGCAGACUACACCAAGACUAACACAGGACUGGUGCUUCAAAUUGGGCAUGAAAGUAAGGCUUCAAGAGAGCAUAAACGAAAACGAAAACCCAGCAAGAGGCUGAUUGAAUGGAGCGAGGUGUACAACCAGAAUUUCCCUGCAAGGAAGAAAACCAAAAAGCCUCUCCAGUUGAUUGGAAAGGCCACCGAACACGUUACGUCCAUGUCUGAAGUGCCUGGGUCGGACCAGAACGACCAGGACCACGCGGCCUCGACCAUACUUCCUGAAAUACUGACUCCGCCUCCGGAAGAAUUCGUUCUGACUACGCCUCCUGAGCUACAAAUUCCCAAGGCUGAACUCCCAUCGUCCCAAGAUCCACCGAUGCUCUCCAUGAACACGUUAACCCCCCCUCCUGAAGCGGACUCACCGGCUGAAAGCCUCGUUACAGACAACAAAGGUGCUGCUGUGUUUGAGAAGAAGCGUAAGAGGAAACCCACUCAGAAGAUCCUGGAGUAUUGUCUGGAAGCAGAGGCAUCAACAGUCCCCAAGAAGAAGAUGAGAGGACUGAAGACUAAUUCGAGCUCUGCUGCCGUUUCUGAUUCUGCACCAUCGUCUUGUAAGUCCAAGUGCAAACCCCUGAGCCCAGCCUCUGACAUCACCACCUGUACACCAGCGCCCUCCUGUCAGACCGCUCCUCCACCCUCCACCUCAGCCCCGGUCCCUGCUGAACCCAGCCAGGUGGAGACGGCAGAUUCUCCCGAGCCUGAAGAAGGUUACCUUCAGGAGGACGCAAAGGAAGCCGACGAGUCCGAGGUUGAGCUGUCUGGGCUGGACCACAGGUUCUCCUCUGUGAAGGACGACUUGCUGCUGUGUGAUGACUCCGUUCUACCCGUGAGGAAGAUCAUCGGGGACCGAGGAGGGCCGGCCUCCAUGAAGGAGAACGUGUGUCAGGUGUGUGAGAAGACGGGCGAGCUGCUGCUCUGUGAGGGUCAGUGCUGCGGAGCCUUCCACCUGCCCUGCAUCUCUUUGGCCGAAGCACCCAAAGGGAAGUUUGUCUGCCCGGAGUGUAAAUCAG